AUGCCUAAACCAAUAUAAUAAUUUGUUUAAUUUGGACCCAUCUAAUUACCUUAUUCACAGUUAUUUAUCUUAAGAAGACAUGUAUUCGCUACAGUAAAUUUAAAACCAGUGGCGCCAGGUCAUGUAUUAGUGUGUUCAAAAAGACCUGUAAAAAGACUCUAUGAUAUGACAGAAGUAGAAGCUGUAGAAUUUUGGAUAACUGUCCAAGAAGUUGCAAAAGUGAUUAAAUAUUUUCACAAUUUUAAGACUAAUUGCCAUGUUUCCAUUUAAGAUGGAAUGCAUGCUGGUUAAACUAUACCAAGUGUUCAUUGCCAUAUAAUACCUUAUUAAGGAAAAGAUUUUGAUAUCUUAAGCUGAAAAUUAAAAAACGGAGAGAAGUGAGGAAGAUAUGAAUUAAGAAGCCUAAAAAUUAAGAGCUCACUUUGAAUAGAGCUUAUUAUGAUUGAAUUAAUUAAUUAUAAAUGAAUAAAUUGGAAUAAAUAUGCAUAAAA